AGAAGAACAAACGGGAACCCACAUGACUCGGAAACGCUCCGAGAACCAAAUACGUCCUACAUGGGAAACGUAAGAAGAACGGUGGCGGGAAUCGCUUCCAUCGCCGACAAACAUGAGUGUCUCAUUGUCAGAAGAGAGAGACCGACUCCAGCGACAAGUUCAACAACUGGAGCAAAGUUUGGUUGCCAACAUCGACCUGAUGAGCAGUGAGACAGAUGAAGACUCGGACGAAGAUGACCAGAUGCCAUCUGGUCUCCUGGCCCAAAGAGACAAGGUUCAGAGUGAGAUCCAGGACCUGGAGAACGUCCUUGGAAGUUACAGCCCCGCCUCUAACUCCGAAGAUGGAGAUGAUGCUGAUGCUGAUGAUGAUGAUGAUGAUGAAGAAGACAGCAACAGUGAGCUGGGUCUGUCUCGCUCCGUGGACUCAUGUCUUCAGAUGAACCUGGUCUAUCAACAAGUCCUCCAGGAGACGCUAAAUCAGCUGGAGGUUUUGCUGAGCCAGAACCACCGAGAGCAGAGGCAAGUGGAGUCGCUGUUGAACGGACCAAUCAGGGAUCAGCCCCACUCUGCUCAGCAGCAGCCCAUCAAGUUGUACCUGGGUCACUUCAUGAAGCCCUACUUCAAAGACAAAGUGACCGGCCUGGGUCCUCCUGCUAACCCGGAGAGCCAGGAAAAGAGCCGGCGAACCUCUGGGUGUUUGGACGAGCGACUGGUGAAGAGCAGAAAAUGGGAGAGCUGGCAGAAGACCCUGCUGAUCCACGCUGUGAGCAGAGACCAUCUUCGCAGGCUGGUCCAGCCCAAACUAUCCAAGGUGGACUACCUGACGCAGAAGCUGACUGCUGUUGUGGAGGCAGAGCGCCCCCCACUGAGACUUCAGAUUGAAGCUCUGGAGAGAGAAGUGGACCUGCUGAGGCAGCAGAACCAGGAAGAGCUGAUCGGAGAUCGCUACUGCGAUCAUGACUGGCAGAAGAUCUCCAACAUUGACUUCGAAGGCAGCCGACUGCCAGGCGACCUGCAACUGUUCUGGCAGAACUUUCUUCACCCAUCCAUCAACAAGACCACUUGGAGCCGGGAUGAGGUGCAGAAGCUGAAGGAGCUCUGCAACACACAUCAGGAGAGGCACUGGGAAGAGAUCAGCCAGGAGCUGGGGACCGGGAGGACGGCCUUCAUGUGUCUUCAGACCUUCCAGCGUUUCGUGUCAGACUCGCUGAAGAGAGGCGCGUGGACUCCAGAGGAGGAUGCACAGCUGCGACAGCUGGUGGACAAAAUGAGAAUUGGAAACUUUGUCCCCUACACUCAGAUCAGUUACUUCAUGGAGGGCAGAGACGUUAGCCAACUGGUCUACAGGUGGAGCCAUGUUCUGGACCCGAACAUCAAGAAAGGACCAUGGACCAAGUUUGAGGAUCAGCUGCUCCUCCGGGCUGUGUCCCAUUAUGGAGAGAAAAGCUGGUGGAAGAUCCGAAUGGAAGUCCCGGGUCGCACCGAUGGAGCGUGCAGAGACAGGUACUACGAUUGCUUGAAAGCUGGAACCAAGAGAGGACCAUUUGACCACCAGGAGAGGGCGCUGCUACUGAAACUAGUGAAGGCUCACGGUGUGGGUCGGUGGGCCAAGAUCGCAGCAGAAAUCCCCAACAGAAACGACGGUCAAUGUCUCAAAGCCUGGAAGACCCUGAGCCGCACCGUUGACUCCCAGUGCUGGAAGAAGAAGGCGGUGCAUGGGAAAAAUGGAAAGAAAAGGAAACUUAAAGUUGAGGAGAGUGAAGAAGAGGAAUGUGAGGAGGAGGACGAGGAAGAUGAAGAGGAGGUGCCAUACAUGGACAGUGAUGAAGAGCAGAAGAGCAGCAGGAGCCGAAAGAAGCCGCUGAAUGAAAGGGAGGAUCAGGAGAUGUACCAGGUGCCUCGACUCCUGGAGUGGAUCCCCCAAGAUCAGCCUGAAGAACUCUUCCAGCAGGUGGAGCUAUCCUCUGUCUCCAGCGGCCCGGAGCGGGAGAGGAGCACACUGGCCGGUCAGUCUGGACGCUCGGUCCAUGUGGGGCCGUGUCCGCAGGAGGUCAAGUGGGCGGGGCCAGAAACUACGUUGAUGCAGAUGCUGACUGCGCAGAAACUGCAGAGGCAGCUGGUCACCAAACAAUCCGGGUUGAAGCAGGCCAUGCUCUCUGUCGUCCUGCCAUGGGUCGGGAAUGUUCUGUUCCCCCUGAAGACCCAACUCACUGCUGCGGAUCUGGUGAGGGAGGAGACGCGGCGGAGCAUUCCUUCUGUGACUUUCUUCCGCCUCCUCCUGCAGCUGAUGAGUGUGGAUACAGUGGGUUGCAAGGAGGUGAUUGGGCAGAGGAGCUCGGGCCCUGCGCAUCCAGCACCUCCAGAUGCCGCCGCCAUCAAGGCACCAAAUCCCAAAACAGUGAGAGGGAUGUUGCAGGCACAGAGGGACUGCAAAGAGAAGCAGGUGGUGCAGGACAAGGCAGCUCCGGUCUAUGUGAAGUUGCUCUCACCGCCGCAUCUGUCAGCAGCUCCUCUUCAGACCUGGAUUCUGACUCCACCCACCACGCUCCUGCCACUUCCUCCUUCCACCUCCUUGUCAGCCAGUCAAGGUCCAGCUAGUAGUCCAAAAAACGCUCCUCUUGUAUCUACAACUUCACCUCCCGCUUCUACAGCUUCUCCUGCGCUCAGAACAUCUUCAGAAGAACCAGUCCCUUCCCACCUUCAUCAAGAACAAACAACCACCUUAGGCAGAAGACGCGUCCGAAAAAAGACCCCGAAAGCUCAGGACUUUUUACAGAGUCAAACCCGGAAAAAGUGCUCUGGUCGUUCAGGUCCAGCGAGGAGCUCCAGAAACCAGAACCAGCGUGGAAAUGUCUUUCCUGCUCCUCUCCGAGGAAAGCAGCUUCUUCUGCCUGUAACUGCAACCCGGCCUGUCACCAUGGUUCCCAGCUCUUCCAUCCUGGUCCUCCAGCCCCCUUCCCCUGCUCCUAGACCUCAGAGCUUGGGGGUCCAGACUGCUUGUCCACUCAGGGACUGUCUCAGUGGAGAUCCCACCCUGAUGUUCAUUGAGUCCAGGGAGGAGGUGCGCGCCUGGCUGACUGGUCCGGAGGCUGUAGCUGUAGCAGGCCUCAACAAAAGACUCCCAUACCUGCCUCCCUGUCUCAGCAGUCUGAACAUGCUCAGUGAGCUUCUGCAGGCCAGGGAGUCCCUCAUCAGGUCAUCUGCGCUUCUUUUGUGUCCCACCACGGGACCUGAGCUCACCACACCAGACAUGGCCAAGACCCCUUUACUGCAGAAGGAACAGUGUGAUUCUAGAGCAUCAACUGAAGACUCAGUUGUCCAGCACGAGGAGGUGGCUGAGGAGCAGGUGGACGCUAUCCGUCUCCUAGUGAAGGAGAGAUACGCAGGAAACCCAGCGUACCAGAUGUUGAAGUCCCGCAUCCUCUCCUGUCUCACCCUUCCCAGUUUGCUGGCGACAGUGGCGCCAUUCUCAGAGAAGGCGAGGUCAGUGGACACAGAUGGGGAGGAGGAAGGGGAAGAGGAGGAGGAUGAGCAGGAGGAGGACAUACUCAGGACUAAAGAGACAAGAGGAGCAGCCUGGGCCUGAGAGAACGUGGACCCUGACCUGACAUGUGGAACAGCAGUCGAAGGGCAAAUAUCAUGGAGAGGAAAGUUGUUGAUUUAUUCACUGUCUUGUUGACGGAAGACUGCAGCUGGUUUUUAAACAGUCCUGUGACUGUAGGCCCUGGUCCUCGUCCUGGUCCUGUGACAUCACAUGGGCUCCGCUUCUCCAGGUGUCUUCUGUGCUCAGACCUCGGUCCCCUCACUCAUUUUAUGUUGUUGAAGUGGAAUUAAAGUUUUCUUGUGUGCACCUGC